AUGAGAAGGAUAACUUAAUUAAAUAGAUAGAUCGUAUCAAAUUUCUCUAGCUCCACUGAUAGCGUCCUCUUUACUCAAGAUAAAUUCAAAGCUAAGGUAGUUUUGAACAAACCAAAAGCAUUAAACGCAUUAGAUUUGGCUAUGAUUAGAUAGAUUCAAGGCAGAAUUGUCCCUUGGACUUAAGAAGGUAUUAAGGCUGUAUGGAUUAAUGGAGCAGGCGGAAAAGCUUUCUGUGCAGGUGGUGAUAUUAAAUCUCUUUACGAUGCCAAAAAAAGUGGUAAACCCGAAGAACUCCCUAUUCUCGAUACAUUCUUCAGAGAAGAAUUCACACUUGAUUAUGAACUUGCUAACAUGAAACCUACUCAAAUUGCAGUCAUGGACGGUAUUGUUAUGGGUGGUGGAGUAGGUAUUUCAGUCCAUGCUCCUAUUAAAAUUGCAACUGAAAACUCUGUAUUUGCUAUGCCAGAGGCAAAAAUUGCUUUUUUCACUGAUGUAGGUGGUGGUUACUUCUUAUCUAGAUUACGUAGUAACAUUGGUUUAUAUUUGGGUUUAACAGGUGCAAGACUUAAAGGAAAAGAAUUAGUUGCAACAGGUGUUGCUAAUUACUAUGUACCAAGAAAUAAACUUGAUGCUCUUGAAGAAGAAGUCAAAUCAAGCUUAAAUUAAAAUAGCACACCUAAUGAUAUUAAAAAUAUUGUUGCAAAAUAUGCUGAAUAGGUUCCUUUAACUUUUUCUAAUGAAGAAGAGAUCAAGCAACUCUUUAACGGUGAAACCUUUUAAUCUAUUUAUUAAAACAUCUAAUCUUCAACCUCUGAAUUUGGUUAAUCAGUAGCUAAGUUGAUUAAUCAAUAGAAUGCUAUUUCUCUCAGAAUCAUUUUUGAACAAAUUAAAAGAGGUAAAAAACUCAAUCUCAAGGAAAACUUUGUCUCAGAUUUCCGUUUGACAUAAAGAUUUACAGAGGAUAAUGACUUCUUUGAAGGUAUUAGAACAGUUUUAAUUGAUAGAUCUGAUACUCCUAAUUGGACUUAUAAAUCUCCUUUGGAUGUCCCUUAAACUCUAAUUGACUAAUACUUUGCUCCUCUUCCUUAUGAAAAAGAACUAAAAAUUUGA